AUGGCAAUGCUGAAAGGAGUGCGCAAUGUUUUCAAUAUUUCUCCACGUUUUGCUGCGGUUUAUUUCAAAAAUGUUGUACGUGGUUUAAGCUCAGAACCUCCACUAACCAGUGAGCAGUACCCUGACCUGAAACGUGGUCCCUACAGCGAGGUAACCAAUGAUGAUUUAGCAAAAUUUUCUUCAAUUCUUGACCCACAUAGGGUAGUACAAGACCCAGAGGAAAUUGCACCUCGGAAUAUGGACUGGAUGAAAAGUCUACGUGGAACAAGCAACGUUUUGUUGAAGCCAAAAACUACCCAAGAAAUUUCCGAGAUUUUGGCAUAUUGUAAUUCCAGGAAAAUUGCAGUGGUUCCACAAAGUGGAAACACUGGUUUGGUUGGGGGUAGUAUGCCAGUCUUUGACGAAGUGAUUUUGUCGUUAGGAUUAAUGGAUAAUAUUAUCAGCAUCGAUGAUAUUUCUGGGAUUUUGGUUUGCCAAGCCGGUUGCAUCUUGGAAAAGUUGGAUCAGUUCCUGUCAGAGAGAGGGUUCAUGAUGCCAUUAGAUUUAGGCGCAAAAGGAAGCUGCAUGAUUGGUGGAAAUAUUGCUACAAAUGCUGGAGGUCUGAGGCUCCUACGAUAUGGUUCCCUUCAUGGAACUGUGUUGGGGCUAGAAGCAGUUCUUCCCAAUGGACAGAUAAUCGAUACAUUAUCUACAUGUCGUAAGGACAACACUGGAUACCACCUUAAACAUAUGUUUAUAGGAUCUGAAGGUACAUUGGGGGUUAUAACUGCAGCAUCUAUAAUGGUCCCCUACUUACCCCGGUCUAUCAAUGUAGCAUUGUUGGGAUGUCAAAGUUUUGAAGAUCUUCAACGUAUUUUCAAAGCAGCAAAGUCGAUGUUAGGUGAAGUUUUAUCUGCAUUUGAAAUGAUGGACUACGAUAGUGUGAAGGCAAGUGAAUUCAUUGGUCUGCAAAACCCUAUUGGAGAAAAUAACUUUUAUGCAUUGAUUGAGACAUCGGGUUCGGAUGCAGCUCACGAUGAAGAGAAACUGACAGCAUUAAUGGAAUGGUUGAUGAAUGAAGAUUUGGUACAAGACGGUACUAUUGCAACAGAUAAACAAAAGAUGACCAAUAUCUGGGCUGUUCGUGAGAAUAUUGCAGCUGGCCUGUUGGAAAUUGGUUAUGUGUACAAAUACGAUGUCUCAAUACCUGUACCAAGAUUAUACGAGAUUGUGGAAGACCUUCGGAAUAAGAUUGGUGACAAGGUUAUAACAAUUGUCGGCUAUGGUCACAUUGGUGAUGGUAACCUACACUUGAACAUUGUCACUGAAGAACAUGACCCUAAAGUACACCAACUGUUGGAACCUUACAUCUUUGAAUGGGUUCGAGAUUGUGAAGGAAGUAUCAGUGCAGAGCAUGGGAUUGGAUUUAAAAAGACAAAAUAUUUACAUUAUUCAAAGUCAAUGGAAUGCAUCAAUAUUAUGAAAGAUUUGAAAAAGAUGUUUGAUCCAAAUGGUAUACUGAAUCCAUAUAAAGUGCUUCCUAAUAAGUAA